AUGGCCUCCGCCGCACUCUCCCCCCUCCCUCCUCGCCUCUGCACGGUCAGCCUACGAGCGCUGCUCAGAGCCUCCGCGGCGACCUUCAAGGAUGAUUCGAGACCAGAAAUGGUAUGCGCAGUCUGUCAAAAGACAUGCUCCACUAAUUCCCGCUCAGCCUUCAGACUGAAAAUGCGCAACGAGGCGCUCGCGUGUCCACCGUCGGCCAGUCCACAGCAGGUAGAGGAGAAGACCAACCUCGCAAAGGAAAUCGCAGACGUGCUGCUCCGGAAUGUCGUGCAAGCUGUGAGGCUGGAUGAAGCCGGGCGCCCUCAAGACUCCGAACGUUUCAAGCUUCGUAUCACAGAACAUACAGAGAUCGCUAGCAACGACACCAUCAAGGACCCACCAACCAUGGAAUCCAGUCGUAGCGCGCGGAAACGUGUCAGCUCGUCAGAUGCUGCCAGGACCAGUGAGACCAAGGCUGCCAAGCAGCGGGUGGUGCCGGAGCUGAAGGCUGACGACCUAGAGGAAUCGUUCGUUCGAGGAAGUGGGCCCGGUGGGCAGUCCAUCAAUAAAACGGAGAACAACGUGCAGUUGCUGCAUAAGCCUACCGGCCUGCGCGUGUCUUGUCAGGACACUCGCUCGUUGGAACAGAACCGGAAGUUGGCGAGACGUCGGCUGCUCGAGAAGUUAGACGCCUUGUAUAACCCUGGGCUCUCGAAAGGGGAGAUGAAGAGUGCGCUGCAACGGGAACGAGAACGGCGAAGAAAGAAGAAGUCCAAGAAGUCCAAAAGGAAUGCGGACGAUAUGGAUGACGAUGAGAGCGAGGUCAGUUCAUGA